AGGUAAAUAGCAGGCGAUUGAAUGAGUUGUCAGACAAUUACGAUUUAUCGCUUCUGCUGACUCAUUGACUUAGUAGAAGUGAACAAACAUGAAAUACUGGUCAUUAAAUAACUCACUCAAAAACAAAGUAUGCUUAAGAAAUAUUGCAAUCUACUACAUAAACAAUCUGAGACGCAAAUUAUUUCGGAUCAGUUCCAUUUCAUUACUCAUCACAUCGCUUACAGUUACAUAUUACAUAUCAUAUGCAGCUUAUUACGAAUAUAUGUUGAAGGAACUGAGUCUAGUAAAUAAUCACACAUGUCAACACUUAUUCUCAGGGAAUUUGAGUUGGCUAGAGUACAAAGUGAUAAGAAAUAUUCAAUUACCAUCAAGUGGGGACUACUCAAACUUGACGAACUCUCAUGAAUGCAGUCAAUUCAAGUUAUUUCGUGGUGAAGUCGUACAGUCGACAGUGGAAGAAAAACAAUUCCCUCUUGCAUUCAGUUUAGCCAUUCAUGAGAAUAUUAAACAGGCAGCUCGUCUCCUUCGUUUGAUUUACAGAUCACAUAAUUUGUACUGUAUUCACGUGGAUUCCAAAUCACCACAAUUUUUUUAUGAUGAAGUGAUGGAGUUGGCUAGGUGUUUUGGUUCGAAUGUGAUAGUUGUGAAUCGAUCGGAAAGUGUGGAUGUUCAGUGGGGACAUUAUUCCAUACUGGAAAUGUUCUUUCUAUGUGCAAAGAAGUUGGUAAACAACAGUGAGAUUAUUUGGAGGUAUAUUCUGAAUGUGAGUGGUCAGGAACUACCACUUCGCACCAACUGGGAAUUGGUUGCCUUGUUGAAAGCAAUGAAUGGGUCAAAUAUAGUUGAAAAUAUGGGACCUGGGCAUAAUCCAGAACGUUGGCCGAAUAAGAAUCUCACUUUUCCGAUCAUUUGGAGUAAAGGAAGUUUUUACGUAGCGUUAAGGCGCGAUUUUGUUGAGUUCUAUCAGAAUGACCCAAAAGCAAACGAAUUACUUGACGCAAUGAAAGCAGAAAAACAUUUACUGAAGUAUCCGGAUGAGUUAUUUUUUUCUACGUUGAAUUACAAUCCAUUACUUGGAGCUCCUGGUGCUUGCAAAGAUAAAUACCUCACAAGUGACUUUGAUAUACGAGCGAUGUACAUAGGACGUUUUGUAAAGUGGGCCUAUAGACCAUGUAGACGUGGAAAAGUUAGAAAUGGUAUAUGUCUUAUUGGUAUUUCCAUUCUUCCGAAUAUUGUUAAGCGAAUGGAACUUUUUGCCAACAAAUUUAGUGAAAAUUUUGAACCAAUCGCUUAUGACUGUACAGAGGACUACAUCAUGGAAAAGGUUCUGGCAGAAAUGAGAACUAAUCAACUCAGUCCAAAUUUCAAUGUGAGCUUUUACUCACAACUCUAUUGUUCACAGGACCAUAUACACUGAAGAUUUACUAAAUGAGUCUAUGAGUUACUGGCUCGCAAUAUUUAGAAUAUUUUUGUUGGAACACUGCAUGACCAAUCAUUCAUAUUUGGUAUCCCUUAUGUAAAUUCGUUUUCAUUUUUUUCUCAGUGCUAUUGUCUAUAUUAUUCUGCUCAUGUGAUUUAUUGUAUAUAAUGAAGCUCAAAAUAGAUGAUGGAAUAGAGGGUGAGAUCAGCCACUGCUCAUGGUCGAUUUGUAGUGUAUAUUUUGAUCUACAUAUGGAUAACGUUAUGUAUCUGUCGAUUUCUCAAUUCAUGCCUUAUCUCAAGACAACAUUGUAUGAAGUCGAAAAUGUGAGCCAAUAAAUUCUACCUAAUUUAUUCUGAUGGUAUCAUAUAAGCUGCUUAACUUGAAUACUGUGAAUUCUCGCUUGCUUUUGAGUUGUAUCAGCCAACCAAUGAGUGGUUCAAAAUAAGAAUUAACCCGAUGUUUAGUUGUCUUUGGUUUGUUUUUCAAUAACGGUACUAAUAUUAGAAAACAUGUGUAAAUUGAAUUGCGAAAAUUCUCAAGAUUCAGAUGUUUGACGAAACAUUCUUCAAAAAGACCUGUUACAUUAAUAACAUACAACAUAAAUAGGUCUUUACGUAAAUACAUUUCAUGUUAAGACCAAAGAUAUGAAGUGUCAUUCUGUAAUCAUAUUUUGCAAUUUUUGAAGAAUUAAAAUAAUACAGAGAAACUGAUGUAUUAU